AUGCGGGCCCUAUUAGCUCACCGUGUACUUUUGCGUCGUAUGCUACCUGUAGUUUUUCGAAGACAAGCUCGUGCCAGUGGUCAUGCAGCUGACUUCAAUCCUGGCCCUCCAGUGAACUACGAUUACAUGCCGGUCCCGUUCAAGCCGUACAAAGCAGUUCACAACCAGUUGCAAACUAAGUUUAACAUAUACCUUGGCGUCUCAAUUGCACUGUUUACCCUCUCCCUUGUGCUUGCAUUGGAGGAUAAUGCCUUCAUGUUUGAAGAACUUUUGCCGCCACAUAGCUACCGUUACCGUCAUAAGGCUGCUAAAAAAGAGUAA